UUGUGAAAAAUAAUUUUCUGCUGAAGAUAAUAAUUUCAUAUGAGUUGUUUUUAAAAAAUAAUCAUAUUGUGGAUGUAUAAAUAAUAGUGUUGUAUGAUAUUGAUUUGAUUGAAUAUAAAUAUGAAUCUAAAUGGUCGGCAGUUUCGUGAAUACGCUGGUGGUAGCGUUGGUGGCAUUUUACGGAAAAAUAAUGCAAACGCAAAUCAAACAACUACCCCAGCGACUGCCUACACUGUUGGUGAAGCGCGGCAAGUGGACUUAUUGGUGUUUGGUUAUGCCUGUAAAAUAUUUCGUGAUGAUGAUAAGGCACGUGAAAUUGAUCAGGGCAAACACCUCAUACCAUGGAUGGGGGACAAUAGCCACAAAAUUGACAGUUUAUAGCAAGGAGGUUUGGAACAUGUUAUGUUAUAACUUAAAUUGUUUUAAUGAUAACAAUAAGCAGAAUAAUAUAUCAAAUGAUAUGGAUGUGGUUUUUAGGGUAUUCCAAUGCUGCAGUCCUACUACAGUCCUUAAAUUUUGGUCCAUGAAAAGCAAAUUUUGACCAUAUACAUUUUAUAUCAUUAUUGUGGUUAUAGCUUAUAAUUGCAUUUUUAGAAAUGAAUUAGUUGAUAACAUUUUGUUUUGUUCAAAAUUGUUGUUCAAUUUAUAUGAAACUGAGAAUGAAGGAAAUGGUAUGUAAUGUUCUAUAUUUUUUCUUCAACGGGGAGGCUUCCAAGGUUUGAAAGUAAUAAUGAACUUAAUAUUGUUAACUAUUGUAUACUGCAAGGGUCACUAUUUGUAUUGCGAGUUUUAUGCUAAAUAAAAAACGAACUUGUCGUGAAAUCAUUUAUCAUACUAUUCCGCUGGGUGAACACCUCUAAAACAACAGACUAUGAACUUUACAACCACGUUUUCUGCUGAGGAAAAUCAUUGUCCCCUAGCUGGACUUGUGCGGGAACAAAAUUAAGUACAUAACAUAUCAGGAUUACGAAGGUGGACUUUUGAUAGGAUUUUUUUGGCUUUUCAAAACGUCACUGUUUGAAUGGAUGUGUGGGUGCUUGCAUUGUCGUGGUAGUUACGUUUCUUGGUUUUCUACUGGCAAAAAAUACUAGUAUAUCUUCAUGAAUUUAUCAUCUAACAUUAUUGUAAUGGGACUGUCGCCACAUGCCAUUUGUUUGGUGUGCUUCAAGCGCAAUAUUAUUAGGUUUGGUUCAUCAUACAGUUGACUUUUGUUUAGUAUCAGGCUCAUGCGCAUAGAUUCAUAAUUUGUUACUUUAAACACGUUUUUCAACGUUUCCAUCAUUUUUCGCACCAAUUCCUACGAGUAUCAUGUCCAAGAAUUUCCGAGCAACGUCCCGAAGCCACUCAUCGAGUUUGACGAUCAAGCGCUAUUUGCCACACCCAGAAGAUGGGCUACAACGAGUAUAGUAUUUUUUUGGGAUUAUGUAAAAUUUUGUGAGACUCGAUGAAAACAAAACUUUCCACGAUGGAAUUAAUGCCUACGGUUGGCUUAUGCUCGCAGUAUGGUAAAUUGCAUCACUUGGUAAGACUCAAUGAAAGCAUUCCUCUUUACGAUGGAAUUAAUAUCUAAGAUUGGUUCAUAUUAACAGUAUGAUAAAUCGUGAAAUUAUGUGGAAUUCAUUGACAACAAAUCUCUCUAUGAUGGAAUUAAUGUCUACGGUUGGCUCAUACUCAUAGUAUGACAUAUAUGAUGAUCUUGCAUAAAUUUUACACGCGGUCAAUAUGUUUUGGCACAAUAACUGGCUUUGAAAGACUUUCACGAAUUUUGUUCAAGCGCAAACGAUAUUAACAAUCAAACAUCUGGGGCUUUAUCGUUAAAAGUAGAAGUAAAUUUACCAGUGCAUUCUUAUAUUGAUAGCACAGAGCGGAAAUCUUAAUAAAACAUCAUACGAAAAAUAUUUAAACUUGAUUCAGAGCAAAUGAUGCAAAGUAUCUGUGCAGCCAAAAAUGUCCAACUUUCCGAUGGAAAUGUCAGCUUGCAGCUAAUUAUACUUCCGAUUGCCAAUGCUUAUCAUAUUAAUAGUGACCCACGCAUAUAAUUUCCUUAGAUUAAAACAAUUGCGUCUCAAUUAUUAAAUUAUUGAUAACUAUUUUUAAUAUUAGUAGAUUGUGCUAAAUUUAAACUGUUAUUUUAGUGUUGUAUAUGUUACUAACUUUUCAAAGACUUAAUGACUAUUAUCAACUAUGCAAUACUUAUAUAUCGUAAACUUAUGUAUAUCGAAAAAUAUGUUAUUAGAAAGUAGUUGAGAAGAGAAAUAUAAAUAAGCAGAAUUCUAAAGAAGACAAUUCAUGGAGUAAAAACUGCCUUUUGCUGUCAUUUACUUUUAAGAUAAUAAGUGUUAUCUUAUUAUUAAGCUCCUUAAUGAGUGUUGUGUUUUAUUUAUGCAAUAGUAGC